AUGCAAAAUCAAGAAAGACACGAUGCAAGCGCCAAUUGUCAAAAAGAAACACAGAAAACUGCAAAAGAACCACUAUAUUUAUCUACCCAAGAAAAUCUAGUGGCUCAAAAAAUUGAAUUAGAAGAAGUCGAAGUCUUCCGGGCUAUUGCUCAAGAAUACUUCCUUGGAGACUCUGAUGAGGAAUUGGAAAUUAUUCCUUGGGAGAAUAAUACUACUGAAUGGAUUGAAGAAGAAUAUGAAAAUAAGAUAUCAAGUAGUGAUGAAUAUAUAACCUAUGAAUGGGAAGAAGAACUUACCAAUAAUGAAAUUGAAAGAAAAAGAUGUUACCAAAACCUCCUAACCGAAUUAACCCUAGAAAUCAGAAUUGAAAUAACCUGGUCGAUUAUAAAUGGAUAUCAGAAUAAGCCUACAAAUAGCAAUAAUAUUGAAAGUGAAUUACCACCUACUAACUUGGACGAAGCCUACUUAGUUGAUAUACCCCAGUGGGGAGAAUUAACCGAAGGACUUGAGUUCCAGGAUAGUAGCGACGAGGAAUACGAAGAUACGGGCUAUGAAGAUUCGGAUUGGCCGCAAGAAUUCGACGACUAUAUUGACUGGGAGUAUUAUGAUUCACAAAUGAACAAGUAG